AUGACGAGGCAGAAGUAUCUAGCACUCGUUGCAGAAACAUGGUUAGAAAGAGAAAACUGCGGCCGGCGGUGUAGAGAAGGUGCGCCAAAAAAAGAAAAGAAAACGUCUUUGCUGUCUGACGCCGCAAAGUGUGCUGAAAUAACGGAUUUAUUUAAGCAUUGCGCAGGUGGUGAUGAGGACAGUGGCAAAGAGGCAGAAACAUCAAAGUGGAGUGAGCAGGAAGCAGAAACAGCCUCGCUCUUGUGGCAAAGUGCACACUCUGCAGUUAAGAGCCUGGGUGAUGAUGCUCACUUCUAUCUGGUUUCCCUCUUCGGACAACAGACAGUCAGUACAUUGUUGAAGACCACAGAGGAUGGCAUAAAAGAGAUAUCACAGGUUGUGGCUCAUGCUCUGAAUACAGUAGAAGUGUACAUCACAGAACUUCUGCAUGCCGCCGGAAUUGAUGCCAAACUUCAGAAGCUCUUCACCCCUGAAGGUGUGGUCCUUGCGGGUCAGUGGGCCUUGCUGGCUAUGCCUCGAUACUGGCUGCUGUUUGCAGGUGUAAUAGCAUUGUUUCCACUGAAAUUCAUCUUUGUCAUUGGCACAGUACUCAAGUGUGGAUACUGGCUGCUGUCUUUGGCAGUUUGCCUGUUUGCUGGUGUUAUUAGACUAGCUUUGUUUCCUCUGAAAUUCAUCUUUACCAUUGUCAAAAUAUUCAAGAAGUUCAGGAAGCUGGCAAGACCACUGAGCGAGAUAAGGAGGAAGAGAAAACAAAAAUGAGAGCAACUAAAACUAAAUAAGCAAUGGGGCUAGAGCUGGAAAACACUGAUUCAUGCUUGGAGGCUAACUGCAUUUCGUUGUCUCUGAACAUGUACACUGCACAAUGACAAUAAAGUUGAAUCUGAAUCUACAAUGGCUUAAAUUAAGCAAUCAUAUAAUUGCUGAUUCCAGUUCUUUUUUAUUUGUUUGUUUUAAUAUGAACGUCAGUUAUAAACAAAUCUUUUUUUUUAAGUGAAUUAUGAGUAUGGAUCUAGAAAUCCAAUUAAAUCAGACAACUAAAAUUAGGUAAGAUGUGCUUAAAAAGUCCAUCAAUCUUGUACACAAAAGGCUUGUGUGGCUGCAUGUUUCUGGUUUAGCCAAAGAGGAUCCACAGCUAAUAGUCAAUUCAAGACCAAGGUCAGCACGUGGAAUUGGAAUGAAAAUCUGCAGCUACACUGGCCCUUGGCAUUAAAUUAUUAAAUUAAUGUUUUAUCCAAACAGGAUUUCCAUCAGUAGCUGCACUGUAACCCAAAACAACUGUUAUCCGAGGUGCAAGCUAGGCUAGACAGGUGACAAUUUAAAGGGAAACCAGUGGUUUUUCCAGUGGGACAGUUCUUUUUAUGUCUCUGCCACUAGCUGGUGGAGGUGUUAUGUUUUUCAGGUUGUCCGUGUGUACAUCCAAUAUUCUCAUUAGCAUGAUUUCUCCAGAAUGAGAGGUUGAAUGUUGUUAGGAUUUAAGGGAAGUAAUAUUAUAAAGAGCAGAUGAACUGAUUAGAUUUUGGAACUGAUCUAGGUAUGUCAAAAUAGAGGUAAAGGUUAAUUUCACAUGCUUUUGGCUGUAUAUUGUAUUUCAGGACUGGGCACGAAAAUGAAACCGUCAUAUUAUCACAUUCUUCCUCAUAGUGUGUCAGGUUUUCCAUGGAACAUGGUUUUGUAUUCUGCUCUUAGCUGGUAAAUUCCUAGAUAAGAUCCUUUUAUUUAUCAAUCCCAAGCAUUCACAAGAAUACCUCUAAAGGAUAGCAAGCAGGCAAAGUGUAGUACACGCUACAUGUUAACUUGGGCUUUACAAAUAACAUUUUAACCUGUAAUUUACAAAUAACAAAAAGUUGUGCUUGUUUUUGGCAUUACUAAGUGAAUGUAAAGGAAAGAUAGUUAGACAUAGUCUCAGUCUUGAGGUAAAGGAAAAGUCCACCAUUAGACAUUAGACAUUACAUGCUGUAUAUUUAUAUAGAAAAAUUUGUGAAAAUGCUUGAUAAUAUUUGAGAAUAUUUGUGUUUUGUGAUUCCCAUGCUGAUUUGUUGGUUGGUGCAGUUGUCUGCCACUCUGGUGUCUCCGACAUUGCUAGUGCAGUUACAAUGACAUUUAGUAGGAGACAAAAAUGUCAGAGAUCUCAAACAUAAAGGAAAGUUUCUCUCUUAACUCCUAAAAACAAAAGAGCAAGAGCUUCAUUUCUCACUCACCAUAUUUCAAUGUAGUUCAAUAACAUAUUAUUGGAUUAUCUCCAUGACAACCCUGACAGUUGGUAUUUUCAUAGUGAUGCCCUUUAUGUGGAGUAGCUUCACAUCAUGCACAUGCAAAAUACACAGAAGAUGCAAAACUCAGACCAUAUUCUGAGAUCAGGAUCUUGGUACUUCCGUGCUGCUGGACACCAGACCGUCACACCUAUAUGUGCUUUUUGAACAUCCCAUUCCAAAGUUAGUCCCCCUUUGCUAACCUCCACUCGAUUUUGUAGCAUGGCUGUGAGUAUUUGCUCAAUCAGCCACAAGAACAUUAUCGAGGUCAGGCACUGAUUUUGGGUGAGGAGGCUUGGGGUGCAGUUAGUGUUCCAAUUUAUCCAACAGGCGUUCAGUGGGGUUGAGGUCAGGGUUCAGUACAGGCCACUUGAGUUCUUCCACUCCAUGUCAAGACAAACCUUGUCUUCAUGGAGCUCACUUAGUGCACAGUGGCAAUGUCAUGCUGUGACAGAUUUGGGCCACUUAGUUCCAGUGAAGAGAAAUCGUCAUGCUAAACAUGUAAUGCUAAGCAGAAUCCUAAACAGUUGUUAAUGACCUUUUCUAUGAGUGAUUUUUGGAACUGAAACUGGGGACAUUUCUGAAUUCUGGGCUGUAGUUAUGGGUAGCUUCUGUUAGACAACAAGCCUCCCAAAUAAAGGCUCUUGGGUAGGAGUUAAUUAAUAGCAGGGAGAAAAUAGGGCGUUGGUGGGUCAUUAGUGGAGAAAGAGUGAGAGAAAGGAAUUUAUAGGAAGGUGACAAGGAAGAAGGUGGAGCCUAAUCUUUAAUUAUACCAUAAACUUCACUGAGCACUGAUCCGAAUUUAUAGUAAUUCAUUUGAUACCCCUGCUCCAGUGUAUUCAACUUCAUCAACAAGAUCUGUCAAAGGACUUACUAAAUGUAUUUGUUGUAUCACUGCAUAACACUAAUUUCACAAAAAGAGAAACAUUCAGUUGAAAAUCAGAUGUUGGUUUAUGGUCCAUGGUUAAAAUUAGGACUUAUAAAGACUGUUGUCCUCAUGGACUAACAGAGGAAAGGUAAGGUGUCCUCGAAUCACUGCAACUCACAAAAGUAACUGAACUCUAGGCUUGUGCGAUAUAACGAUAUUAGCCUCCCUACACAAUAUUACAUAUCCAAUAUACUAUAUUCGAUAUCUGGUGAAGUUUAUCAGUGAUUAUAUUAUAUAACCAGACCUGACAACCUUUAUGCAUUGUAAGGUCCUGUGUAGGAGCUCCACAAAAACAUUAGAGUAUACUUGUAUGAAUUAUCACUCGAAAAUAAGUUUAAGUCUGUGCCUCUCAUAUAUUCUAUAUUUUUAAAAAUGUGCGUUUUAUUCCUUUUCACCUCAUUCAGGUUUUUGUAUUCCAUAGUACCCCAUGGCCAUUGUCUCAUCCUGUUUUCCCCCAUUAUUCGUACCUUUAUGUGCUGUUAAAACAUUCAGUGAAUUACAUAUGCAAUCUAGGUUCCUGAUGGGUCACAUACACGCAGUGACCGUGAAUAUUAUAAGGUCAUGAUUGUCACUCUGAACACUCUGAAUUCCAAUUCACCGACUGUGUUCAGAGUGACAAUCAUGACCUUAUAAUAUUCACGGUCUCUGCGAGUAUACUUCCCCACGUUUAUGCCAUCAACCAUAAGCACCUGGAUAUUUUUGGUAGCCACUUGAUUAUGUUUUUCUAAUAUCCAGGAUAUUUAUUGCCCACAGGCAAGCCCACAUUCAUACUAAUAUCACCAUCAAUGCUGUAGAGCUUGUCAUCUUGUAAAUUGCUUGUUAGAUGAGCCAAGUCUCUGCCUUAAUUCGGCAAAACUGUGUCGUAUAGUUGCAUUGCAUCCUGGAACUUUAAGUUUGCUGUCUCCACUACUACUGAAUUUUUCAGGUAUUUCUCUUUAUCUUAUGUUCAAUGACUGUCCUAAUAUGUAAAUAUAUGCUGAAUAGUUAUUGUGAAUGCCACUGUCACUGUUGAAUUGUAAAUAUGUGUUUCAUCGACUGCUAUGCAUCUUUUUCAGUUCCUCUUAUAACCUCUAACGUACAGACAGUUACAAAGAAAAAUUACAAGUCGCUUCAUUCCUGGUACUUGGCUGGAGUAAGGACAUGGACAGUAAGGACUAUAAUGGACAGACUGUCAUGCACCAAGCUGCUAGGGCACUGUUUGCCAACUGUUUUCACCAAAUACUUCCUCACUAAGCAGGCAUGUCUGCAGCAGAAACCAGAGAAUGCACCAACACUCUUAUUUUCAUUCUGAUUAUUUGUCUUUCCACAUUUCAUUCAACACCUUAAGCACCUGAAUUGUACAUUAGUUUAUUUUGAGAGGUCAGCAGCUACUUCAGAUGCACAUUUGUGACAGUUCUCAAGCUGUUUUGUUUUUUUUAUUGACUGGUUUCUAUUGUUAAUCAGUAAAAAUGUGUUGCAUUUAUCUGUCUUGAAGUCCAUCUUGGCAUCAUUAUAUCAAGUCUGUAUUUAUCUGUAUCGUUAUCAGGAGAGACCCAUAUGCUAAAAAAGGAUAGACAAGAUAAAAUCUGUCAAAAAUGGUCUAAGUAAUAUGUGACCUUUGGCUCCAAUAGCACAAAAAGCAGUUCUUUUAAGGUUGCACUGGUUACGCUUGCACCUUUCUUCAUUGCAAACAUUACAGAGCAAAGCGCCUAGAAUUUAGUUUUAUUUUUUAUUUUAUGAUGCCUAUGUAAAACAGCCACUGUGCUGAGAUUAAGACGCAUACAGUUUCUGAUACAGGCCAAUGUCUUCAUUGUGAUUGGUUGAUCAGGGAUCAAGCAUUUUUAAUUUUAUAAAGGCAUACAAUUUUAUUGGUUUAAACCAAAAACAAUUUGAUGUCCACUUCAACAGAGUGCUGCAGUAAUGAGUUAUAACACCCGGAAAUUAGCAUUUUGGCACUUCCGGUUCCAUUGUCCCAGUCUUUUGAAUGGGUUUUUGGUUAAAUGCAUGUUGGUUAAAUGCAAUGUCUGUGGUUCAACACAAGCACAAAAUAUUUCACGUUUCAUUCUACGACAUAAAAUACACCAGUAAUAUCCCACUCGUGAUUUUUUUUAAGCUUUUACGUGUCGGGGUCAUUAAAUGUCAUCAGGCCGAACAGGAAAAGUCAUCUACUACAGCCUCGUUGUGUUUAUACUCGCCCUCUUGCAAACUUGUAGCUUUAUCCAUUUAUAGUAUUUUCCAAUUGUAGUGUUUUUUAAAUAAAGCUUGAAAGAGUUGUCGGAAGCCUAGUGGUGGUUAGUCAUGCGACCAUGUUGUAGUUGGUUUAUAGCAAAAUUUUAGCUGAUUGUAUUACGCUUCAAAAUUCAUGAAAGUUGUGUUCCUUUGUGGAGAUUAUCUUGAUGAACAAAACGUGUAAGAAUCAUAAGCUUUUGUUGGUCACAUAGUUUAUUUUCUUUGAUAAUCCAAAAGCUUUUUAUUAUUAAAUUUUUUUUUGUUUGUUUGUUUGUUUGUUGUUGUUGUUGUUGUUUUUGUUUUUUGUCGAGGGAACCGGGGUGACGCAAACUUCUGGGCUGGCCUACAAUAAUACUUCAUCCCUGUAGGAUUGACGACUUCCACGUUAGUGUCCCACACUCGAGAAGGGGACACCUCUCUCUCUCUUAAUGCCGAGAUAAAGUCCAUCUCUACAGCGGGGAAUUAUUACAUUUAUGAUGGCAAAGAUGCCAACGUGCAUGUAACACCAGUCCCAUGCACAAAGCGUCAGAUUUUCUCACAAUAAAAUUACAUCGUGAGAAAACAGCUUUUGUUAGAUCGAGAUCACGAGAAAACAACUUAA